CUGAGGGGACCAACUCCAUCAUCCCAAGUGCUUGUUAAGCAUGUGCUUGGUGUCCUGUUGACUGCUGGGCAUAAACUGAAGCCCUAGGGAAACUGGAGGCCUGAUGUUCCUGUGUUCACUCUUGAAGCUGCCAAACCAGGAGCCCUGAGAUUCAGACCCCAGCAUGGUUCCCUGGUGCACAAUAGGAUGGCAAAGACACCAAGAAACAAAGCCUUCCUGACACUGAAGAGCUCUGAAAAACACCAGAGCCAUCUCGGACCCCCGCCACCUUGAAAGUCCAGCCAGUCUUCUGCCGUCGGCAUAAUGCGCUGAUAUUACAAUAUGGCAGAUUUCAUAUCCUCCCUCUCUGAAUUAUUGAUGGGCAGUGCACUCUUUAAAAAAAAAUCAAUAGACCAGGGUGUGGAGCUCUGAAGUCUGCUCUUGUUUUCGCUGUUUUGAAUAGGAGCAGAUACAGCUUUCUCCUCUGGUUUGAAUAAGUCAAGCCCAGGGCUAGGUUGGCUCUGAUUGGCCAGAGCUAGGAAAAUGUGGUUAUGAUGCAAACACAAGCAAAUAUAACCCGGUGUCUGUGCGGCCAUUGCUGAACUGAGGCUGCUUUGGGAUCGCUCAUCAGUUCUUCGCCUGCUGCUUGCCAGAAAACUGAGGACGGAGAGGGCGAGUUCCAGGAACACAAACUAUGUCUCUGAGCAGUGCCUUCAGGGCUGUGGGCAAUGACCCUGGGAUCAUCACCUGGAGAAUUGAGAAAAUGGAGCUGGUGCUGGUGCCUCUGAGUGCUCAUGGCAGCUUCUACGAGGGAGACUGCUACAUCAUUCUCUCGACCCGGAGAGUGGGCAGCCUCCUCUGCCAGAACAUUCACUUUUGGAUCGGGAAGGACUCCUCCCAGGACGAGCAGAGCUGUGCAGCCAUCUAUACCACACAGCUGGAUGACUACCUGGGAGGCAGUCCCGUGCAGCACCGCGAGGUCCAGUACCACGAGUCUGACACCUUCCGAGGCUACUUCAAGCAGGGCAUCAUUUACAAAAGGGGGGGCGUGGCCUCUGGGAUGAAGCAUGCAGAGACCAACACCUACGAUGUGAAGCGGUUGCUACAUGUGAAAGGGAAAAGAAACAUCAGGGCCACUGAGGUGGACAUGAGCUGGGACAGUUUUAACCGAGGUGAUGUCUUCUUGCUGGACCUUGGGAUGGUUAUUGUCCAGUGGAAUGGCCCGGAGAGCAACAGCGGGGAGCGACUCAAGGCUAUGCUUCUGGCAAAGGACAUUCGGGACAGGGAGCGAGGGGGCCGUGCUGAGAUCGGAGUGAUUGAGGGAGACAAAGAGGCGGCCAGCCCAGAGCUCAUGACAGUCCUUCAGGACACCCUCGGUCGACGCUCCAUGGUCAAGCCCGCACUUCCUGAUGAGAUCAUGGACCAGCAGCAGAAGUCAAACGUUAUGUUGUAUCAUGUCUCUGAUGCAGCUGGGCAGCUGGCAAUCACAGAGGUGGCAACGAGGCCUCUGGUCCAGGACCUGCUGAGCCAUGAUGACUGCUACAUCCUGGACCAAAGUGGAGCCAAGAUCUACGUGUGGAAAGGCAAAGGAGCCACAAAAGUUGAGAAACAGGCAGCUAUGUCCAAAGCCCUGGAGUUCAUCAAGAUGAAGGGUUAUCCCAGCAGCACCAACGUGGAGACCGUCAACGAUGGCGCCGAGUCAGCCAUGUUCAAACAGCUGUUCCUGAAAUGGUCAGUGAAGGAGCAGACCACAGGCUUGGGGAAAACAUUCAGCAUUGGAAAGAUUGCUAAAGUCUUCCAGGACAAGUUUGAUGUGAGCCUCCUACACGCCAAGCCAGAAGUGGCUGCCCAGGAGAGAAUGGUGGAUGACGGCAAUGGGAAGGUUGAGGUCUGGAGGGUUGAGAACCUGGAGCUGGUCCCUGUGGAACAUCAGUGGUAUGGCUUCUUCUAUGGGGGAGACUGCUAUCUGGUUUUCUACACGUACGAGGUGAACGGGAAGCCCCAUUACAUGUUGUACAUCUGGCAGGGCCGCCACGCCUCACAGGAUGAGCUGGCAGCCUCGGCCUACCAGGCCGUGGAGGUAGAUCAGCAGUUUGAUGGAGCCCCGGUGCAGGUUCGGGUGAGCAUGGGGAAGGAGCCACGCCACUUCAUGGCCAUCUUCAAAGGGAAGCUGGUUAUCUAUGAGGGCGGCACUUCCAGGAAGGGAAACACAGAGCCUGACCCUCCGAUAAGACUCUUCCAGAUCCAAGGAAAUGACAGAUCCAAUACCAAAGCAGUGGAGGUCUCGGCCUUCGCUUCCUCGCUCAACUCUAACGACGUCUUUCUGCUGCGAACUCAGACGGAACACUACUUGUGGUAUGGCAAGGGAUCUAGUGGGGAUGAGCGGGCAAUGGCCAAGGAGCUGGUGGAGCUUCUCUGUGAUGGCAACGCGGACACUGUGGCUGAGGGCCAGGAGCCACCUGAGUUCUGGGAGCUUCUGGGAGGAAAAACACCUUAUGCCAAUGACAAAAGGCUGCAGCAAGAGAUCCUGGACGUCCAGGUCCGCCUCUUCGAAUGUUCCAAUAAGACUGGCCGGUUCCUUGUCACUGAGGUCACAGACUUCACCCAGGAUGACCUGAACCCAGGUGACGUGAUGCUCCUGGACACCUGGGACCAGGUGUUCCUGUGGAUGGGAGCCGAGGCCAACACCACGGAGAAGGAGAGGGCCCUCUCAACUGCCCAGGAGUACCUGGUAACUCACCCCAGUGGCCGAGACCCUGACACACUCAUCUUGAUCAUCAAGCAGGGCUUUGAGCCUCCUACCUUCACAGGGUGGUUCCUGGCAUGGGACCCUCACAUUUGGAGCGCUGGAAAAUCAUACGAACAGUUAAAGAAGGAGCUGGGAGAUGCCGCUGCUAUCGUGAGAAUCACUGCCGACAUGAAGAACGCAACCCUCUCCCUGAAUUCUAAUGAAAGUGAACCGAAGUAUUACCCUAUAGAAGUUCUCCUGAAAAGUCAGAACCAGGAGCUGCCAGAGGAUGUGAACCCUGCCAAAAAGGAGAAUUACCUCUCGGAACGAGACUUUGCAUCUGUAUUUGGCAUGACAAGAGGGCAAUUUACUGCUCUGCCUGGCUGGAAACAGCUCCAGCUGAAGAAAGAAAGGGGGCUUUUCUAAAGCAAGGCAUCUGUCUGUCGUGCGACCACAGGAGAGCAAGCAUGCAGUGCCAACAUCAGCCAACAGUCACACACCAACUGCCUGCUUUAGACACGACACAUCCGAGAAUCCCAGCAUGCUCCUUUUUCUUUCUCAUUCCCCCUUGCAUUCCUUGGUUGUAGUACACUAGAAAGUUGACUACUCGCUUUCCAGCUUUUGUGGCCUUGGCAGAGAGCAUGAAUGUAGAUAGGGUGAGAGAGAGAACCAGAAACUGAGCUUACACUGUUUAGUGCAUCGGGAACCACAUCUGCUUUAAACUACACCCCGUAACCCCCAAGCCUUGGAGUUCCUUGCACACUCACUGAAGGACAGACUCCAAAUGCUCGGGUCUACCAUGUGCCAUAAUGUGUUCAACUUUUCAAAUAAAGAGGCCAUGUGAGCACAUCA